AUGAGGGCAGCGGCAAUCGCGGCUGCGAACGAGCGUAGUGAGCGUCAGACGCGGUCUGCCAGGGAGAGCGCGGGUCCUUAUGCUAGCACUCGCGCCCGUAGUGGACCUGAUACGUCUUCCGGGGUACGGUGGACAACCCCCGAGUCCGAAAGUGCACCUGCAAGGGAAAGUAGUCCAGCGGCACAGCGCUCAGCACCAAUACCACCGGCCAUGCAAGGGAGCCUGCCAGACGUGAAUCGAGCAGCACCCGCGCUACCCACAUCAGGCGCAAGGUCUUCCGACGUGCCUGCAUCGGUCCAGAAACCAGGAGAUCCGACAUUUAGGCUUCCACAAGGUCCACCUCCUCGAAUCCUCAAGCGCGGCGAGAAUCUAACUGGGGGGACGGACCCCAUGGAAAUUGAUGCCAGAACGAAGUCUACACUUCCACGGGCAGGCAAAUGGAUAUUAACUCACGUUCUUAGACCUCUUCGGAACCCCCCGCUGCCUCCCUUAUCUCGUGGAGGUCACCAUUAG